ACCCUUUUUUUCUUGCCUGCUAAUAUAAAUUUCAUGAGCUUUAUAACUUUUUUGUGAUUAACUUAAACACUGACACUACAAUAACAGCUUGUUGGAUAUUGUUGGUUAUAUAAUUAAUUUUACAGGUAGGUUUAAUCUUCAGAAGUUGUUUAGACUUUAUCAACAUGCUUUUUCUGUGUGCCAUGCCUUGAACACUUGUUGUCGCUACUAGGCUGCAACUUUAAGAAACAGGUAAUGGCCACUUCGUAACCUGAUCAGAGGCUUUAAUAAAUGAUGGAGCAGUAUCUGGGUUCACUAUUGCCACGGUUGUUGCUGUUUGCAUUUCCAAGGACAGAACACCGCUGAACAAAGAUAAACAAGCUAAAAGCACUUCUGUACAGCAUUCUGCAAUCCAUUAACCAGAGGAUGAAUCCUGAGUAUGACUACCUGUUCAAAUUGCUGCUGAUUGGGGACUCUGGUGUGGGAAAGUCAUGUUUACUCCUACGGUUUGCUGAUGACACCUAUACAGAGAGCUACAUCAGCACUAUUGGGGUUGAUUUCAAGAUCAGAACUAUUGAAAUGGAGGGGAAGACUGUUAAACUGCAGAUUUGGGAUACAGCAGGGCAAGAGCGAUUUCGAACAAUAACAUCCAGCUAUUAUCGAGGGGCUCAUGGGAUUAUAAUUGUCUAUGAUGUCACUGAGCAGGAGUCUUUCAACAAUGUGAAGCAAUGGUUAGAAGAAAUUGAUCGCUAUGCAUGUGAAAAUGUCUCCAAGUUGCUAGUCGGUAACAAGUGUGACCUUUCCUCAAAAAAGGUGGUAGACUUUACCACAGCAAAGGAAUUUGCUGAGUCACUCAAAAUUCCAUUCUUGGAGACAAGUGCCAAGAAUGCAAACAACGUAGAGAAGGCAUUUUUAACAAUGGCCUCUGAAAUCCAGAAGAGGGUCGGGACAGAGCGUGUUCAGAAUGAAACUGUCAAAAUGGGAUCCAAAAUAAACAGUGCCCCCCUAUGGCCAGGUGGAGAGAAGUCAGCUGAGGAGGUCAGCUCUUGUUGCUAGUACUCAAUAUCAUUAAAAUUCAGGGUAAUAUGAAAAUCCAUAUUUUUUUUGUUUAUUGUUCUGUGUUUUUGUUCCCCCUUUACUAUCUUUUUCAUUUUAAAUGUAAAAUAAGCUGUUGACUUUACGUUUCCACAUCCCAAUACGCUAAUGAAGAUGCAUUUGGAAAUGUUUCUGGAAAUCAUUUUCUGAUCAUGCAUGCAUUGUUUUAGGUUAAAUGCUCUUUCAUCCUUUUGGUGAUG